AUGCGCUUCGCAAUCGCUAGCACCGCUCUCCUCACCUUCCUCACCCUUGCCACCUCUCAUGUCAUCAAGAGGGACACUGACACUGUCCUCGGUGACCUUUCCGCCAUCAACACCAACCUUGGCACUCUCAGCGCCGCCGUUUAUAGCUACAACGGUGGAUUGCCCGCUGCGCUGGAAAUUCAAACCCACGAGAAUGCUGUCGAAAGGGCUCUAGAGCAAGCCACGGCCGACACCAACAGCACGGCAGUGUUCACCGCUGCUGAAAGCAACACCGUGACCGAAGCUCUGAUCUCCUUGGAGCCGAUUAUCCGGGGUUCGAUCGCCGCCCUCGUCACCAAGAGAACCCUUUUCGUCUCCGCCGGCGUGGGCGCGACAGUCCGGACUAACCUGCAGAACCUUAAGGUACGGACCGAUAAUCUCUCGGUGGCGCUGCAGAGCAAGGCAGUCGGCGCGGACAAGGAGACCAUUCGCCAGGGGACUGGGGACGUCGAUGAUGCAUUUGAUGGGGCCAUUGAUGCCUAUGAAUCCCAGUUGUGA